AUGUCUGAUUUUGUCCACCUGGUCAAGAUUCCCGGGACGGACACGGUGGAGGGUCUGAAGGAAGCCAUAAAAAACCUUGAUGAGGAAGCACGCGAACUCGACGAGAAACACGCUGAACAAGCUCGUUUGGCGAACGAGGCCAUACAAGACCUGAACGCGAAACAUCUUGCCUUGCGCGCCACCUUGUUGAUGAUGGGAGACAAGCAGUGCCGAGAAGUUCUACAAGAGCUUCCGAAGGCGGUUCUGGAGAAACUACCACGUGAGCUCCGCGAUAUGGUCUACACGGAGCUAUACCGUGGAAGUCAGGACAAGCCGUACGAGAUUACCGACGGCGACUCCAAGCAUCCACACGACCCCUUGCAUGAGUUUGCGCCCAUAGUCAAAGCAUUUCAUGAGCCUUACUGGAUGGACAAAGAAGAGGUCGGACAUGAGUUCGCACGGGAAGCUGUAGAGGUCUGGUACAAGUGCGCUCAUCUCUCGAUCCAUAUCAAGCUUCUGCAACCACUCUUGCAAGACGACGAUGGCGUCUUGUAUGAACAAUGGUCGCCUUCGGUCCGGACAUGCAACUUCCUUAGGAAAUUGGACGUCAUCAUUGGGCCCGCGACUUUACCGAUAUAUUUGGAAGAGAGUAGGCCGUCAGGUCAAGCGGUAAACAUCCGACAGAUAUGUCGGUCACUCUCCGCCCUAUUGGAAGAACCGAGUGUCGCGCAGAAGGAGGGUUUCAAAUUGCACAUUACCUUUCGAUGGGCUAUGGAAGACGAGUGGUCUGACUACCUCAAGGCAAUCUGCCCAGUGGUCUAUCGUUUGAAAGCCCAAGGCUUCCUGGUGUCAGGCAGCCAAGCUUAUGGACAGAGCAUCUAUGCAGUGUGCAGCCACUUCGGCCGAGACGACUGUGAGUGCGAACCCUGGCAACGUGGAGACACUAGCUGGCACAUUCUCGAUGUCUUUGAUUGGUUUGACUGCUCGGAAGAGGAGUGUAUGCAGAGGAUAGAAGAGGAGAAAGACAAAAUCUGGGAAUGA